CAAGGAAGCAGAAUAAAAAAAAUAGUUUCAAUAUUGAGAGGAAUGAGGUUGCAAUGAGGGUAUAAAGCUCACUCAGAUUCACUGUCCACAACCUCCUGACACAGACUUAAAGAUGGAAUUUGUGCUUCUCCUGCUGAUGGUGACAGCAUGUGCUGCUAUAACUCAAGAUCUGUCUGGUAAAAUGUUUACCUUCCCUCAGGAAUCCAACACAGCCUAUGUGACACUGUUUCCAAGCAGACAGUAUUUCCAUGCUAUAACUGUCUGUCUCAGGACAAUUACAGACCUCAAAAGGACCCACGUCCUUUUCUCUCUCUCUUCCCCACCCUCUGAUCCGAAUGCCUUUCUCAUUAUUAAGCCUGAAUCUGAUGGGAUUGCCCUCAAUGUCCAUGGUAAAGAGGAAAUACUUGGGGCAGAGGACUACAAAGUGAACACAUGGCACUCAAUAUGUUCUACAUGGGACUCUGUGACUGGCGUGGUGCAGCUGUGGCUAGACAACAAGCCAUCCAUUAGGAAAUAUGUUGGUGGAGGAAUAAUCACAAAUCCUCUUAUUAUCAUAGGACAGGAGCAGGAUACGCAUGGUGGAGGCUUUGACACCAAGCAGUCAUUCGUUGGCAUGAUGUCUGAUGUCCACAUGUGGGACUACACCCUCUCCGCCUGUGAGAUCCAGGAUUACAUGGAUGACAGAAACCCAACUCCAGGUAAUGCAAUCAACUGGAAGGCGCUAAACUACACACCCAAUGGACGAGUGCUGAAAGAAGACAAACAACUGGCCUGUCAUAUACAGUGUAAAUAGAAACAAAUAUAUAAAUGUCAUACUCCUUACAAGGCUUUUUCUGUUGAGUAUGAAGUUCAAACACCAUGUUAACCUGAAUAGUGGCAUUUAUCAGCUCGAUCAGCACAAUAACCUCAUUUCUCACCACCAUCUUAAAUGUGUGUGUUUCAUUUUCAUAUCAAAGCUGCAAGUUGUUAUUUGUAAUGAUAUAACUUUUGUCUGUCAUGUUUGCUGAAACUUGUAUGAUGGUCUUCCUGAAAGUUCAUUGAAAAUGGCACAUGCUGCA